ACACGUACUGCUUUCUAUGUGGAACACGGUCCUAAUCAGUUUUUAACCAGGAAGUAACUUUUUUUGUAUUCGUGAUAACUGGCUGUAUAUCAAUGACCUUGAUAUCAGUUUUCGAAAAAUGGUUUAGGUUUUUAAGGAAUGUUAUUAUGUUAUUGGUAACAGCUAAUUUUAUUUUAAGGUAGAUACCCUAACUGACACAAACUUUGUAAAAUGGCAGCCGCGGCGGAUAAUAUUGGUGACGGAGCGGGAGCGGAUUUAAGUGCUGAUGACUGGGAGAAAAUCAAAAAGGUGCGCAAAUUGCGUGAAUUAUGGCAUGGACGUUUCACAAACAGGAAUUUGACAACGUUACUGAAACACCAUGAUUGGGAUGAAAACGCUACAAACUUAUUCGUCUUAGAUGCUUUACCUGGUGAGCUCAGAGACGUUCUCGGUGAGGAUGAUUGGCAAGUUGUUGAGAACGUCCGCCGAAACAACGUUCUUCGAGACUUGGCGAGACUUAAUCGUAUUGGUCAUGAAGUUCGACAGUAUGGGUGUAAGCAAGACGACAACAUGUGGUGGAGACGCGUGCCAUCACGCAAGCCCGUUUCGAAAUGUAAACGAUGUAAACAGAAAUACGAGCCUAUACCACGUGAACAAGAAUGGGGUUGGGCUAGGUUUGAAUGUGUGUGCGGCCAUAAAUUCAAUGCUUUCGCAAUGAUGGACAGAAGCCUGCUCGGGCCUCGAUACACAGGAAAAAGUCAAAGUUUGUGUUACCGCUGCAUGUCUCAGUUAUGCGAGCCUAUACAGAUCCUUCCACCAAUGAAACCCAAGAAGAACGAGCGUGAAGGGGGUGACGGACAGAGACGCCGACCACGCAAAUAUACACACAGAUGCACAGCGCCAAACUGUUUUAACAGAUAUAUGCCUGAUCCAAGAAGUAAUGAACCGCUAAUUGCAGUCUGUGUACAUCCCAAUUCCCUGAAAGAUAAGGUGCACGGAUUUGGCAGUGACCGUCAUGUCAGUACAGGAUCAACAGUGAACACAUUCCUGUCUCAAGACGACAUCGAAUCAUCAUACGAGCCCAGUCUUGCUGACAUUGCCGAGAUUGACAUUGAUGACGGCGAUAAUGUUUAACAUUUGUAAUGCAUACGAUUAGAAGACAGUGCCUUUUUUGCUGGACUAUUUUGAAAUUUAUCCAACAGUAGAGUCCUUGCACAAAACCAUUCGCUGGCAUCAGAGUUUGCAUCCUAUCCCGAUUUGGUCAAGUUUUUGCGUGUAAGCUGGUAUCUUUGUUACCACUAUUGAACCGAAACUUUUCACAUUUGUAAAGUAGCAGUGCACAGGUUCCAUAAUUCUGUUUUGCAUUUUCACAAAGUUAUAUUCCUUUGCAUCUUAAGUUUCUGUGUGUAAGCCGAUGUCUCAGCCGUCACUAUUAGGAACAAAUUAAAACUUCACACAAUUGUUUAUUCUGAUGAUAUGGCAUGUUAUGCACGGGCUGCAUGACAAUAUUUUGCAUUUAGCAAUGUUAUGCUCCUUUUCGAAACGGCAAUUUCUACCCCCUCAACCCCCCCCCCCCCCCCUGAAGGAGCGCCAUAUAUGUCAUUGGACCGGCAGUCAUCUGCCUCCUCAGUUUCUGAUCGAGUACUGAAGAACGAUUUGGUGCAGGAAUCCUCAACGUGGUAGUCAUGUUAGUCUAGUCGUGACCGGCAGAUGUUGACAAAUUCAUUGAAUGAUUUCCUGUGGUCCUUUGAUCACUAAUUUUUAGGGUCAAAGGUCAAGGUUACAGUGACCUUCAGUUGAAAAUCGUUUUCCGAUUGAUAUCUGAAGAUUGCUUUGGCAUACAUCUAGUGGUCAAACUUCCUAAGAUGCUUGCCUAUGGUCAGUUAAUGACCCCUAUUGUUUCGGGCGUUAUUAGGUUAAAGUUCAAGAAGGCCGCAGUGACCACGAGCCUGAUAACUGAAGUAAGCUUUGGCCGACAGUAUUCAAACAUCAUAGGAUGAUUGCGUUUGGCCAGUAGAUGAUUUCAGUUGUUUUAGGGGACCAUAAAGUAAAAUGUCUAGGUCACAGUAACCUCGAGACUGAAAGUAAUUUCUGCUCAGUAACUUAAAGACAAAGAAGCCUUAUUACCUGCAGUCAGUAGGUGAACCCUACUGCUUUUGGGGAUCAGUAGGUCAAAAGUCACAAUAACCUUGAUACUGAAAACAGUUUCAGCUCAAUAACUUAAGAUUACAUGUGGUGAGUAGAUGAUCUUUAUUGUGUUGGGGGUCAGUAUAGGUCGAAGGACAAGGUCACGGUGAUUCUGGACUGAAAAUGGGGCAACUUAUUAAGUCAUCAUGAGGGCUGGAGGGAGGUCAAUGGUAUCUUACAAACAGCUUUUGUUUGUUAAGUUUUUAUGUAAACUGGUAUCUUGGUAACCAUUUUUGAGAAUGAAUUAUAACUUGAUGCACUAGUUCAUUAUGAUGAUUUGACAUGAUCCAUAACCCUAUUUCCAUAUUUUAACAAAGUUAUUUCCCUUCUUUCGACUUGGCAAAUUUUGGUUAAUUUUUGUACGCAAGCUUACAUAUUUCAAUAAUUAUUUGUGUGAAUGAAUUUAAACUUCAGGUGCCUCUUUACUGUGAUGGACUUGCAUGCAAUGCUCAGGUACCAUAACCCUGCCUUUUCUUUUUAACAAAGUUGUGUCCUUACCACGCAUCAUUAAAUAAUCACCACGAGAUCUGGGAGUAUAUAUUGUUUGUAAAGAUAUCUUUAUGAAGAAAAUAUUGUUUGGCCUUUAUGUGAAAUUGUUUUAGAAGUUUGGUGGUGGAAAAUCAAACAAGAUUUUGCCAAAGGAUUCAUCAAGACACCAAGUUAUUUGAAUGCAAAUAAACUUAAUAAAGUAAAAACUUCAGUAAUUCCAACUUAAAAACCGUUGGAAUUUAGAAUGUCUGAACUACGUUCUAGAAGAUAUGAUCAAGAUAUUAUUGUUACCAUGGAGGUGGUUCUCUAAAAAAUGUACAUGUAUGUUAUCAAUAUCAAAAAAAUAGCAAAUAAUUAAAAUAUAUAACAAGGAAUCGUGCAUACAUUAAGUACUUCUUCGGAAAAGGUAAACAUUUUCAUAAAUAUGUAUAUUUCUCUCAAUAGUUAAAAAACAAUUUUUUGGUGGCAUCGUCAUCAAAACCCAAUUUUUUAAAACUCUUAAACAACACCUGGAUGAUAAGAUAUACCUAGUAUCUUAUUAUAUAUACUACAUGGGCCAACAUUUUGGUGUCAUCUAAUCAGUUUGCCUUAAAAUUUUGAACUUGCAUUAUAUUUCUGUUAUAAUGAAAUGUUCUUUUUUACUACAUGUUUGUAGACUUUGUUGGUCUAGACAAGUUAAUAUUGCAAACAGUAGAUGAAAUGAGCAUGAUGAAGAUUGAUUUUAUCCCGAUUUUGCUUCCAAUAUUUUAGUAAUAGGUACGUUUGUUACCAUUCCACCCCUGUUUUGAUAUCUUCCUGAAAUUAAAACUGUGAUAUUCUUUUGUCUAGAUAAAAAGUGUUUUGUUUAUGUAACAUAAAUAUUAAGUAAAAUGUAUACAUGUAGAGAAUGCAGUGUACUAAUCAUUUAAGAAAACUUAGCAGAUGGGCAGAUAGAUAUAAACAAAUUGUUAUUUAUAAUUGAAAUUAACACAUCUGUCCCUCCUACAUUGUAAAAUGCUUUGUCAGUACUUUUUAUCAAUAGUAAUUUGAAGCCUGCCCUUGAGCUUAGCUCAAUAGGGAGAGUACAGAUCUACGGAUCAUGGGGUUGUGAGUUCGAUCCGCAGGAGACACCUAUGUUUUCUGUGACAAUAUGAUAAAAGGAUUUGUGUCUGAAAUGAUUUGUCCUCCACCUCUGAUUCAUGUGGGGAAGUUGGCAGUUACUAGCAGAGAUCAGGUAUGUAUUGGUACAGAAUCCAGGAACACUGGUUAGCUUGACUGUCCGCAGUUAUAUAACUGAAAUACUGUUGAAAAACGGCGCUAAACCCAAAACAAACAUCAUCAGUAAUUGUUUCACUCAUAUCAAAAAGUAACCAAGUUUUUGUAGAAAUACUGAACUGCCACGUUUUCCUAAAUAAUUAGUAAUAGAUGCAAAACUGACUAUGCAUGAUUACAAACAUGUGUAUGUAUUUUAUAUUUAUUUUAUUUGGUUCAAAACCCUAAAAUCGUAAUGUCUUAUAUAAUUUAUACGAUAUACGAUUGGUCCAUUUUCAACACAUUUAUUUUGUGAUUAAGUUAAGAAUUAAAAAAAAAAUGUGAACAUUAAUUUCUGAUGUCAUUUAAUUAAACAGUAAUUGAAUGGUUUGCCAGUCAGUAGUCAAAACUGUUGGCAUUUGGUCCUUUGGGCAAUAGUUUUGAUUAUUGACUGGCAAGCCAUUCUGUAAGUAUUUAGUAUGUGGUGACUCCUGCAACUGUUUGAUGUAUACAUGUAUACCUGUAAUGUGUUUCUUCAUGCCUGACUGUCAUAUAAAUGAUGAACUAAUUUAUUUUUGUUUAUAUUUUGACUGUUAUCCAUUCAUAUUUACCAUGUCAGUAAAUAGCUGUUUAUAGUUUCUGCUGUUGUAACUACCUGACCAUAAACAAAAGGACUCUGACAAUACCCCCCCCUGCUCAAUUUCACCAAGGAAGAUCAAAUCUUCACACUGAUUUUGUUAGAUAUUUUUCUUUUUAAAAAAGAAAAGAAUUAAAAAUAGCAAUUUUUAUGAUAAAUGGUAUCAACUGUUAAAACAGAAUGAACUGAAAAUUCAUGACUGAAAAAUUAAGAGGAAAUUAUGUUUGCAUCGGUCAAAUGGGCUAGAUUUUGCCCAUAUUCCAAUAAAAAUUUUAUCCUGAAGAUCUUAUAUAAUGCCAGCUGCAAAAGCUGAUGGAGAAAGACCCAUGCUGCCAAACAAGACAAUAUUUUAGGGACCAGUAGACACCAGGACUGAUAUUCAUAUAGCAACUAAAAAUUUUCCCUAAGGGACUAACUAAGGGAAAAGUUCCAAAGCAUUUUAUAGACAAUCCUCGAGAUAUAGUUGGAAUGUCUAACAAUAUUGUCACAUACAGUCUGGCAUAGUAAUGAAGAUUAUCAAUAAAUCUUAUAAAGUCUACACUUUUCGUUUGUGCUAUGUUGUUCAGGAAAGUUUUCUCCUUAGGAGCUUUAUGAAUAAGGGCCCUGGAUAGAACCACUGAAUUUCACUAAGCAUGGAAUAAUUUGAAGUUACCAAGACUUGGCAACCUUUAUUACUGAACCAGAGUCAACAUUUAGAAUAAUUACAUUUUUAUAUAUUUUAUGAUGUAACAUUACACACAUGCAAUAUUAAAUAUUGUUUUUAACAGCUGAUUUAUUGUUGUAUUGUUCAUUAAUUAUCAGGUAAUAAAAUUGCCGUUUUUCCUUAAUUACAUAGUUGCUUAUCAUUUAAAUUCAAAUAUAUUUUUGACUUGUAUUUUAUAUAUACUUGCAAUAGCUUAAAGGGCGCUAUACUUCAGGUGAAGUCAAAUGUUUUGUGAAUUUGCAUUCGCCAAAAUGUGCAUUUUUCUCCUGUAGUUUUUUUAAGUAUAUAAACUAGCUACACUUUUAAAUCUGUAAAAAGGUAGGAGUGUGUAUGAAUACAAUUGAUCACUAACUCUAUAAAAUAUUUCAGUUACAUAGAAUGUAACAAAGUAAACUAAUAGCAGGCCAGGUCUAAUAAGGUUUGUUUGUGAGAAGAAAGGAAUGUGCAACACCACUCGCUCCCUAGCUUCGGCUCAAGUGGAACUCUGUUACAGUAAAAUAAGCUUUAUAUGGAAAGUCAUAUAUUAUACUAUGGGUUGCUAAGGUUCCAUAUGAAAUCAGUACAUGCAGGAUUUGAAUUACUUUCACACAACUUGUAUAAUAUACCAUUUAACAAAUCUAUGUUUAACCGAGGAAAACAGAAAGAAGCCAAAUGGAAACCCUGUCAACCACUUAGAGGUCACAGGUUAAAAAUACCUUAAAUCAUGUCACUGCACUUCCCCAUACCAAUGCGCGAAUACUGAUUUUCCCGGAGCGAGGGGAGGCCUUUUUAAGUUUUCUCCCUAAUGAAAUAUAAUAAAACUUUAAAGCCAAAGUAGAGAUACAGUAUCAUUUAUUUUCUUAAAAUGAAAUACAGAUAAAUAAUUCUAAAACAUCUAACAAUUACAACUUAAGCAUUCUAACAAUUACUAUAUUAACAUUAAUCAAAUGUACCGUAAUAAGUACUAGCACAUUGGUACUAUUUUAAUAUAAACAAGAGUACCAGAAUGUCAAAAUAUACGCCCGUCACAGCAAAUUUCUUUACACUAGCACCUGUAUUUGCAAAUGGAAUUUUAAUUUUGUGGUAGUAAUUAUUGUAAUUCUUUUGUUUUUUUAAAUCCACAUAAAAACUCCUUACCAGGUAAAGAUACCUUAAACACCUAAAAUUUGGAAGUAGCAUCUAUGUUGUACCACAGAAAAGUGGUCUUGGUUUUUUCCCUAGGGUCAAUUAUAAAAAAGGUACAAUAUAAGUUAUUUAUAGUAACAACUAAGGGAAGUUAAUCUUAAAAAAUCCCCCCCUCAAAAAAAAAUUGUAAGUCCACACAAAAAUCCUUACCAGACAGAGAUAGGUCAAAAUACACCUCAGAAUUGGAUGUAACAUGCAUGUUGUACUACAGAAAAGUGGUCAGUUGAUCAGUAAUUUUUUAGGUCAAAGGUCAAGGUCACAGUGACCUUCAGCUGAAAAUCGAUUUCAGAUGAUAACUGAAGGUUGCUUUUGCAUAGUGGUCAAACUUGCUUGUCUAUGGUCAGUAGAUGACCCCUAUUGUUUUGGGCGUUAUUAGGUUAAAGGUCAAGAAGGCUGCAGUGACCUCGAGUAUGAAAACGCUUUCCGCCUGAUAACUAAAGUAAGCUUUGGCCUACAGUAUUCAAAUAUCAUAGGAUGAUUGCCUUUGGCCAGUAGAUGAUUUCAGUUGUCUUAGGGAACCAUAAAGUAAAAUGUCUAGGUCACAGUAACCUCGAGACUGAAAGUGGUUUCUGCUCAGUAACUUAAAGACAAAGAAGGCUACUUACCUGCAGUCAGUAGGUGACCCCUACUGUUUUGGGGAUCAGUAGGUCAAAGGUCACAAUAACCUUGAUACUGAAAACAGUUUCAGAUCAAUAACUUAAGAUUACAUGUGGUGAGUAGAUGAUCUUUAUUGUGUUGGGGGUCAGUAUAGGUCGAAGGACAAGGUCACGGUGAUUCUGGACUGAAAAUGGGGCAACUUAUUAAGUCAUCAUGGGGGCAUGGAGGGAGGUCAAUGGUAUCUUACAAACAGCUUUUGUUUGUUAAGUUUUUAUGUAAACUGGUAUCUUGGUAACCAUUUUUGGGAAUGAAUUAUAACUUGAUGCACUAGUUCAUUAUGAUGAUUUGACAUGAUCCAUAACCCUAUUUCCAUAUUUUAACAAAGUUAUGUCCCUUCUUUCGACUUGGCAAAUUUUGGUUAAUUUUUGUACACAAGCUUGUACUUCAAUAAUUAUUUGUGUGAAUGAAUUUAAACUUCAGGUGCCUCUUUAUACUGUGAUAAACAUGCAUGCAAUGUUCAAGUACCAUAACCCUGCCUUUUUUUAACAAAAUUGUGCCCUUACCACACAUACCACACAUCAUUAAAUAAACACCACGAGAUCUGGGAGUAUAUAUUGUUUGUAAAGAUAUCUUUAUGAAGAAAAUAUUGUUUGGCCUAUUUGUGAAAUUGUUUUAGAAGUUUGGUGGUGGAAAAUCAAACAAGAUUUUGCCAAAAGAUUCAUCAAGACACCAAGCCAUUUGAAUGCAAAUAAACUUAAUAAAGUAAAAACUUCAGUAAUUCCAACUUAAAAACCGUUGAAAUUCAGAAUGUCUGAACUACGUUCUAGAAGAUAUGAUCAAGAUAUUACUGUUACCAUGAAGGUGGUUCUCUAAAAAAUGUACAUGAUUGUUAUCAAUAUCAUCAGCAAAUAAUUAAAAGAUAUUACAAGGAAUGCAUACAUUAAGUACUUCUUCGGAAAAGGUAAACAUUUUCAUAAAUAUGUAUAUUUCUCUCAAUAGUUAAAAAACAAUUUUUUGGUGACAUCAUCAUCAAAACCCAUUUUUUUUAAACUCUUAAACAACACCUGGAUGAUAAGAUACACCUAGUAGUAUCUUAUUUUAUUACAUGACUGUAUUCUAUUAUUUUUCUGAUUGGCUGAAAAUGGUUCGAAAAGUAAUGAGUACAUAUCAUAUCAACUUAUCUUCGGCUCAGUGAAUAUAACAUUUUUUUGGGUUGAUAAAUCCUGAUAUCAACCUAUGAAAAAGUCGAUAAAAUUAUAAUAUAUACUACAUGAGCCAACAUUUUGGUGUCAUCUAAUCAAUUUGCCUUAAAAUUUUGAACCAAUGCAUUAUAUUUCUGUUAUAUUGAAAUGUCCAUUUUUACUGUAUGUUUGUAGAUUUUGUUGGUCUAGAUAAGCUAAUUUUGCCAACAGUAGAUGAAUGAAGAUUGAUUUUAUCCUGAUUCUGCUUCCAAUAUUUUAGUAGUAGGUACGCUUGUUACCAUUCCACCCUGAAUUUUGUUUUGAUAUGUUCCUGAAAUUAAAACUGUGAUAUUCUUUUGUCUAGAUAAAAAAUGUUUUGUUUAUGUAACAUAAAUAUUAAGUAAAAUGUAUACAUGCUAGAGAAUGCCGUGUACUAAUCAUUUAAGAAAACUUAGCAGAUGGGCAGGUAGAUAUAAACACAUUAAUUUUGUUAUUUAUAAUUGAAAUUUACACAUCUGUCGCUCCACAUCUUGUAACAAUGCUUUGUCAGUACUUUUUAUCCAUAGUAAUUUGAAGCCUGCCCUUGAGCUUAGCUCAAUAGGGAGAGUACGGAUCGUGGGGUUGUGAGUUCAAUCCUCAGGCGACACCGAUGUUCUCUGUGACAAUUUGAUAAAAGGCAUUGUGUCUGAAAUUAUUUGUCUUUCACCUCUGAUUCAUGUGGGGAAGUUGGCAGUUUCUAGCAGAGAUCAGGUUUGUAUUGGUACAGAAUCCAGGAAUAUGGGUUAGGUUGACUGUCCGCAGUUAUAUAACUGAAAUACUGUUGAAAAACGGCGUUAAGCCCAAAACAAACAGAUCAUCAGUAAUUGUUUCACUCAUAUAAAAAAUUAAACAAGUUUUUUGUAGAAAUACUGAACUGCCACGUUUUCCUAAAUAAUUAGUAAUGGAUGCAAAACUGACUAUGCAUGAUUACAAACAUGUGUAUGUUUUUUAUAUUUAUUUGGUUCGAAACUCAAAAUCUUAACGUCUUAUAUAAUUUGCCAGUCCGUAUCUCAUGCUAUAUGAUUGGUCCAUUUUCAACACAUUUAUUGUGUGAUUAAGUUAAGAAUUCAAAAAAAAUGUGAACAUUAAUUUCUGAUGUCAUUUAAUUAAACAGUAAUUGAAUGGUUUGCCAGUCAGUAGUCAAAACUGUUGGCACUUGGUCCUUUGGGCAAUAGUUUUGACUAUUGACUGGCAAGCCAUUCUAUAUGUAUUUAGUAUGUGGUGACUCCUGCAACUGUUUGAUGUAUACAUACCUGUAAUGUGUUUCUUCAUGCCUGACUGUCAUAAAUAAUGAUGAACUCAUUUAUUUUUGUUUAUAUUUUGACUGUUAUCCAUUCAUAUUUACUAUGUCAGUAACUAGCUGUUUAUAGUUUCUGCUGUUGUAACUAAAUGACUCCCUGACAAUAUCACCCCUGCUCAAUUUCACCAAGGAAGAUAAAAUCUUCACACUGAUUUUGUUAAAUAGAUAUUUUAAAAAAAGAAGAAAAGAAUUAAAAAUAGCAUUUUUUAAGAUAUGGUAUCAACUGCUAAACAGAAUGAACUGAAAAUUUAUAACUGAAAAAUUAAGAGGAAAUUAUGUUUGCCUCGGUCAAAUGGGCUGGAUUUUGUCCGUAUUCCAAUAAAAAUUUUAUCAUGAAGAUCUUAUAUAAUGCCAGCUGCAAAAGCUGAUGGAGAAAGACCCAUGCUGCCAAACAAGACAAUAUUUUAGGGACCAGUAGACACCAGGGCUGGUAUUCAUAAAGCUCCUAAGAGAAAACUUUCCCUAAGGGACUAACUAAGGGAAAAGUUCCAAAGCAUUUUAUAGACAAUCCUCGAGAUAUAGUUGGAAUGUCUAACAAUAUUGUCACAUACAGUCUGGCAUAGUAAUGAAGAUUAUCAAUAAAUCUUAUAAAGUCUACACUUUUCGUUUGUGCUAUGUAUGUUCAGGAAAGUUUUCUCCUUAGGAGCUUUAUGAAUAAGGGCCCUGGAUAGAACCACUGAAUUUCACUAAGCAUGAAAUAAUUUGAAGUUACCAAGACUUGGCAACCUUUAUUACUGAACCAGAGUCAACAUUUAGAAUAAUUACAUUUUUAUAUAUUUUAUGAUGUAACAUUACACACAUGCAAUAUUAAAUAUUGUUUUUAUCAGCUGAUUUAUUGUUGUAUUGUUCAUUAAUUAUCAUGUUAAAUGACAAAGGUAAAAAAAUUGCCGUUUUUCCUUAA